CGCCCGCGCCGGCGCGCCCCGUCGAUACGGCGCCGCCACACCGCCGCCCUAGCCCGAGCGGCCGAAUGCACGCGCUCCGCACAACGCCGAUAACUCAACAUUCACACAAAUAAAAUCCAAAGAAAACCACCAAAAUACCACAAAUAAAACCAAUCCAUCACAAAAACCCGCGCAAUUUUCCCACGAAAAAGUGAACCGCCAUCUUAGAAAUAGCUUUUGAAAAUCGAAUUUAUAUUCCUUUUCUUCGUGUGCCAGUGACACAAUGACUGCAAGAGUGCUGUGAUGUUUGAAAUUGGAAUUAUUUUUUGGAAUCAGUGUUAGUUUUAUAUACUUUUUUGAUGGUUGACGUAAUAAUUUGAAGUUAUCUAGGCCGCAUAAAUAAAUUGGUGAUGUGACAAGCUUCUUGCGUAACAAUCCGUAGGUCGGUACGUCGCGCGGUGAUGUCGUCAUGGAGGUGGUGUUGCCGCUGGCGGUGGUCUGCGUCCUGGUGAGCGCAGCCCCCAACGCGACGCGCGCGCGCCGCCCCGACGACCUGCCCGACGAGCCAGUGCUGCCUGAAGAUGAUGAUGAAUUGCACAGAUUGGAGUACUACGAUGAGGAGCGGAUUAAUAUAUCAGAGAAGGGCAUGUACCUGGGGUCACCGUGCGAGUUCACGUGCAACCCGAAGCUCAUGCACGUGUACUGUGACCCCACCACGACGACCUGCCAGUGUGACCCCAAGCACCCCGUCUCCGUGGGGGUGGCACAGGGAUGCGCUAAAGCGAAGAAAUUGGGUGAGCAGUGUUUCUACCGGGAGACGUGUAAGGCGUUCGACACCCACGCGUCGUGUGUGCAGGUCAACCACAACGCGUACUGCCAGUGCGACGCCGGGUACCACCAGACCAGCCACACCAGACCCACUUCCAGAAUCUUCUGCACCGAAGACCUGGUGUUGCUGACGGCCGACAUGCCGACGCUGCUGGGCGUGGCGUCGGGCAUCUUCGUGCUAGGCGGGCUGCUGUGCAUGGUGCUGCACCUGUACACCAAGGCGCGCUACCACCCCACGCACCUCGCCGACGCCAGGCUCACGCCGCCCUGUCUCUACUCGCUCAAUGAUACAGGAGGCACGCUGAGCGCGACGCGCGCGUCGUCCCGCGCGUCGUCGCGCAGCGGCUGCACGAGCGGCACGCUGGAGGCGGAGACGAGCUCGCGGCGCGCGUCGCGGCGCGGCGUGGCGGUGUCGGCGUCGCGCGCAGGUGCGGCGCGCACGGCGGCCAUCUUGCUCAUCUCGCGCCACCUCAGGGCCGUAAGGCGGGACGGCGGCGCGCACCCGCCUAAGUGCGCCGCCAAAGGUUCGCGACGUCCAAGUCUAACCUCCGUGCAGAGCAGUUCAUCGUCUAUCCGAAGCUACAGCGCUCGGCGUUGGGAGAGAGAACGAGAGCAGAAGGAGAGGAGACAGAUGAGCAUGCGACUGGCGCAGCUGCACGACAAGAUGGCGGCCGGGCGCGACGUGCCCAAGCACGCGCCCACGCCGUCGCCGCGCUCGCCCAACAACUCCACAGAUGGACUGCUACCGUCUGUAUGUGAGAUUAGAGAAUUGAUCACAAACCCUGAGCAGCAGUUGCAAGGGGUGGACGGCCCCUGCUCCAGCUCUUCGCUUUACUGACACCCGGCCCACGGGAAGAUGACCAGGAGGUCCCUGGACUCCCUGUCGUCCGACGGCUCACCAGCCAUCGCCUGGAUGUAAGACCACCCGACUGAACUGUUCCCAUUCAAGAACGUUUAGUGUUCCACGUGAACGACCAUCAUGUAUAUAGAAGUGUCGAGUGCUUGUAAUGAACUCAUUAACCCCUAAGUUCCGCAUGAGGUAUAUCCAGCCUUGACUCCCACUUGUUGAUAUUGUAAGUAAACGCUUAUGCUUAUAGUUAGAUCGAGGAGUUUCGGGUUCCGUGUAUUGUUGCUUGCUAAUACGGAGAUUGACUAGGGAUUGUAACACUUACCAACUCUAACAGGCUAUACGCACAUUUAAAAGAGAAUCAUUAUAUAAAUCUCUUCUAAUAAAAUGAAAAUAAUAGCAAUGGUGGAGUUGCUUACAAGAUAUGGGAGGUUUACUAAACUUAUUCACAAGGCUUGAUCAAUAUAAGAAGCUGAAACAGUUUUCUUAUUAUAAGGGCUAAAAUAAUUAAGUAAACAAGUGACAUACGACGGACUCGGAAUAUUCCAGAAAAUAAAAACAUAAGACUAGUUAUCGAUAGCGAUGUAAAGAUAUAAACUAAACUAAUAAAAGUUGUUAUAAGCGCAUUUAUAUGAUUUGUAUUUAUUAAAUGUGGAAUUUAGAUAAAUAUGCGCAAUAAGUUGAUGUUAAACGAAAUAUAUAUUUAUAUUCAUUUGUUAAUUAAUACAUGUAGGACGUGUAAGUUGAUUUAAUAAAGACAGAAUUAUCGCAUUAUGUUUGAAAACAUAUCGUUUUAUAAGUAUAAUAUUGACUGUUAACAACGGCCGUAACAAUUUUUAUAAUUAUCUACUUUAACUAAUGUACCUGAUUGUUGGUUUUGUUUAUAAGUGAAUUCAAUGCAUUCUGUUUUACUUUAUUGAAUAUACUAGCGAGAUAUUAGGCUUACUAAAUGUCAUGCUAAAAUUUAAUAAUACAGUUAUUUCUAAAAGCAAUCGAUGAAUGUGGAAGAUAGAAAAUGCCUAAAAUGUAUCGUUGGUCAGAGUUGUUACCUAUAUUUUAUACAGCCGUGAU